UUUCACUAGAUAGCACAGCCACGAAGUGAAAAUAUUUAUGAAAAUAAAAAUGUGCUUUUUGGUCUGACUUUAAGGUUAUGUCUAGGCAUAAGGUUAGCAGUGUGGUUAAGGUUAGGGUCAAUGUUAGGUUUAAUAUCACAUUUUAAGAAGAUAAAUUGUAGAAAUGGGCGGAGUUUCCGACUGUGGUAGCUAGUGACGACCAAAACACUGGUAGCUCAACGAGUGGUUGUUUGGGUGUAUCAAAUGACAGGAUUAUCCUUAUUUUCUUUAUUCCAAAAAUUUAUACUCAGUUAUGAAAGUGUUUGGAGCAAUAGUAGAGGACAACAGCAAAGACGAACGAAGCAGGUUUAUGUACAAAUAGCUAGCUAUCAAAGUGAGUUCUCCAUUGUAUGUACACGUUUUGUAACUGAUCAGCUAUAUGGCUGCUUGUCAGUCAGUUACCGGUGUAUGUACUGUAUGUAUGCAUAUGUCCAUUCGUUUCUACUGGCAGAAUUUGCUCCUGAAUGUCACAACCUCAAAUAGCCCAAAACUCUCUCCCCUAGAGAAGGGACCAGUGCCAGACAAUCAUGGGACCCCCAGUACUCUUUCCGCUUCUCCACGGCUUGUCCUCCCCCUUACGAACUGUCACCCCAACAUGGGGCCGAUGCCUCCUCCGCCGGCUACCCCCACCAUCCUGCACUCGUACCCCUUGUACCCCAUCAUUCCCUGGGCUUAACUCUCAACACAUCGGCGGUAUGUGUGUGGAAUCCACCCUCAGCCACAUCAAGGAGCUAAGUCCACCAGAGCAGAGACUGUUGAAUAAGCUGUAUGAAGGACUGAUCUCAGGUCAGCGGGCCAGUCUGGCUGAGUCCAUUACCCUGGUGGAGACCCAGCACCCCAGGAAGAAAGAGCUGGCCCAGGUCCUGCUGCAGAGAGUACUGGCCUACAGGAAGGAGCAGGAGAAACAGAACGGAGGGAAACCCCUGGCCUUCAGAGUGGGAUAGUAUGUGGAUUUGUUAUGUUCAACAUUGUGGGUCUAUGCCGAGUACACAGAACGCACACAGACCAAAUAACAUGUGAACAUUUGAACUAGUAGCUUGCAGAGUCCUUAGAGUUGGACCGCUUGAAUUGGUGGCUGCAAUGUGGGCUUUUUAUUGAAGAUUUUUGUCCUCCUACACUUGAGGUAGCUAAGUCUAAAAUACCAUAUGGAGAAGAGUGUGGGCUUGGUGUACGUGCAUGUUUGAUCUCUGUGAGGUGACUUCUGUCUGGCCCACCCGGAGCUGGGAAGUCCACCUUCAUUGAGGUGGUGGGGAAGAUGCUCACAGGAC